AUGGAGGAUCUAGUUGCAGAAAAGAACAACGUUCUGUUUAGUGGCUUGACCGCCAUGGCAGCUGCCUCAGCUGGAUAUGGAGAUGGGCUGUGCAGGAUCUACACGAAUGCCUACGAAUGCACUUUGGAAGACUUUCGUGGGCCUUAUUUGGAGAUACUUCAGCUAGACUAUAGCCAUACUGCUUUGACUGCUGCGCUCGGAGGAGCGAGCACCGCCCGACGAAGCUAUUGUGGGAACACGUUCGUUGACCUUGAUCUGGGAAACGCACAAGCAUUGGCCGCAAACUCAAGCGAGGAGUACCGGUAUCGGGUGGAAAAGCGGAUUCGUGACUUCGCUGGAUCGAGUCGAGUCGAUAGACUCAUGUUGACUGGUGAGUCAGCGUCUGAUCCUCGCUUCAUCGAAGUUGUCAAGAGCGCUCUUGCAAUUACCUACCUACCGUUGGGUUUCAAUAUCAACGAUACUCCAAGUGCGAAUCAGACGGGGCACUUUCUAUUCGCCACGUCUAUGGGAGCAGCUGAGCUUGCAAAGCGUAGACAGGAAGGCAUGGCUCACUGCUGGCUACCAGUGGAAUGUAGAGGGGAGAAGAAUCAGGAAGAUGGCGAAGCUAUUAAAAAGGAGCUCUAA